GCCUGAGGAGUAGGACCAUGCUCCACCUCUGGCCAUCUGCCAGACACACACAGAGAGAGAGGAGGAGUGUUGUACAAACAGUGCUCUUUCGGGAAUGCAUUACCUCCCUUUCUACUUCCUAGAUAGUGACAGAGAGACAAAGAUAGCGUAAAAAGACACCAUUUUUAACUGAGGAUCGCUGAACAACCUACGACACACACACCUGCGGACAUACUCAUUAUACAAACAUGCAGUUGAGGAUUCCUUGAGUCUGUCACCACCUCUGCUUCCUCUGUGACUCUUGGUCAUGGCUGUAGUUGUUUGGGGAGUCACUGUGCUGUGGGUGAGGAACUCUGUAGUACCACAGUGGAAUACAGGCAUGUCUCUGGGGCUGGACAAAGACGCAUCAGGCAAUGUGUUCUUCUAAUCCUGGACACUUGAACUUAACAGUUGAACUCACAAACCAGGGACUGUUUUUUUCGGCUGCAGGAUUUUUCCUUGGAAAAAUAGUCUACUUUGAAAAUGUCUAAAAGUCAGAUUCAUCUCAAUGCUCCACUGGUGACAGUGGGACCGUGGAGGAGACACAGCGAAACCACAGAUUUAUUUGAAAUGAUUGAGAAGAUGCAGGGCAACAGAAUGGAGGAGCAGCGAUACACCUUUCCUCCCCCACUCAAAACGGAAGAGGACUACAUUCCUUACCCCAGUGUCCAUGAGGUGUUGGGGAGAAAGAGUGGGUUCCCACUGAUUCUGCUGCCUCAGUUUGGGGGUUACUGGAUCGAGGGCAACAACCAUGAGCUUGGUGACAGUGUUGAGCCAGACCAGAUCCAGCCUCUGUCCCCCACCACACACAAGCUGGAGAGUAACUCCACCGCCAAGAUGUACAGGAAGCACUUUCUGGGCAAGGAGCACUUGAAUUACUACUCAGUGGACGGAACUCUGGGACAUCUGGUGUUGUCCAUGAAGUAUGACGAGAUCGGAGACCAGGAAGACCUCCGCCUCAUGCUCAGGACCAAACUGGAGACAUACCAUGAUGUUAUCCCCAUAUCCUGUCUCACAGAGUUCCCUAACGUGGUGCAGAUGGCCAAGCUUGUCUGUGAAGAGGUGAAUGUGGAUCGUUUUUACCCUGUCCUCUACCCAAAAGCUUCAAGACUCAUUGUCAAUUUUGAUGAACACAUUAUAAGCAACAACUUCAAGUUCGGAGUCAUAUACCAGAAAUUUGGACAGACAUCAGAAGAAGAGCUGUUUGGGAACAGUGUUGAGAGUCCUGCCUUUGUUGAAUUCCUAGAGUUUCUGGGGGAGAAGGUCGAGCUGCAUGACUUCAAAGGGUUUCGUGGUGGGUUGGAUGUGACCCACGGGCAGACAGGAUCUGAGUCCGUCUACCACAACUACCGCAACAAGGAGGUCAUGUUUCAUGUGUCCACCAAGCUGCCUUACGCUGAGGGGGACACACAACAGUUGCAGAGGAAGAGGCACAUAGGGAAUGACAUUGUGGCCAUAGUGUUCCAGGAGGAGAGCACUCCGUUCGUACCAGAUAUGAUCGCCUCCAACUUCCUCCAUUCCUACGUAGUGGUGCAGGUGGAGAACGCCUGCACUGGUGAUGUACUGUACAAGGUGUCAGUGACGGCGAGAAAUGAUGUACCGUUCUUUGGACCACCCCUGCCAGACCCGGCUGUCUUUAGAAAAGGUCCAGAAUUCCAGGAGUUCCUCUUCACGAAGCUCAUCAAUGCUGAGUAUGCCUGCUAUAAAGCUGAGAAAUUUGCCAAACUGAAGGAGCGUACACGGUCAGCCUUACUGGAGACAUUGUAUGAGGACUUGCACAUCAACAGCCAGGCCAUGAUGGGUCUGGGAAGAGAUGAGGACAAGAUGGAGAACGGGUCCGGAGGAGGAGGGGGCUUCUUUGAAACCUUUAAGUCAUUGCUUGUCCCAGGGAAAAGUCCCAGUAAACAUGGACGUCGAGGCAGUGCCAUAGGGAUAGGAACAGUAGAAGAGUCUCUGAUCAUCCCUGGGAAGAGUCCAACCAGGAAAAAGUCUGGUCCCUUUAGCGCCAGACGCAGCAGUGCCAUCGGUAUUGAGAAUAUCCAGGAAGUCCACCAGAAAAUCAGCAGCCACAGCGGUAGGGAGUGUUUACCUGGCACACAGAAGACUCCUGACAGUGACCAUGCCUCUCAGGACCCAAAGUCUGAGAACUCCUCCAAUCAAAGCUCACCAGAAGUGCUCAUUACAAAGAACAUUUUUGCUCUUUGUAACAACAGGGCUCAGUCUAUCCCUGAGGGUCACGACCUUUCCCGCUCCUCCUCCAAUGACAGCAGCUUUGCCAGUGUGGUGGAGGAGAACGAGACCGAGGCCACGGAGGACUAUGACACUGGCAUGGAGAGCCUGUCAUCAUCGGGGACGCCACACAAGCAGGACUCAUUAACCUACAGCACAUGGCUAGAGGACAGUAUGAGCAGCACAAGCACCACCAGCCGAGGCAGCUCGCCAGGUCCUGGUCAACUUGAUGGGGGUAAAGGGUCAGAGAUCCGCAUUAAACUGGACCGGCCAAAAGAUAGUCGGUCCUCAUCGCAUUCCCAUAAGACACAAUCCUUCUGGGAGGUGAGACGAGCACAGGCUUUCGCCGUAACCAAGGAUGACGAUGAGGAUGAGGUGGACCCUGGAUAGUCUGCUAGUCAGUGAGGCCAGACCACCCCUUCCCAGAAGCCCCGGCGGUGGCGGUGGUGGUGUCUUACCAGGAGAGGAAGUCAAACACAGAGGGGCCAACUUUUGCACAGUGUCGUUUCGUUCUGCUCACUCCCUCGCCUCUGUCUGUACACACAUCUUCUGCCUGGUUUUGUGUAAAUAGGUGUAUUUGUCUCAGUGAACAAAUGGUACCUUUGGUUCAGUUUUGUUGACGCCUACUGUAUGUAGACACGUGGAUCACACGGUAGCUAUAGCGACAUUGAACUCUGCCAGAGACUUUGGGAGGGGCAUGUUGGUAUAGUCACAUGGAUUGUACAAUAUAGUGACAGUAGCACUGCCUGAAAAAAAUCUAUUAAUUGAACCUAUUUCAUUCCAAAUACCAAAUAUCCAACAACAAAUAUAUGUGCAUUUUUAAUUGUAGGUUAUGUUGAAUACAGUUGAAUGUGGUAGUGAUUUUACAGGUAAAGUCAUUGUAAUUUGUCUAUUAGCCAUAGCUUUAACUGUACAGCCAAAAACAGUUGCUUUGACAGUGAAUAUUUUCUUCUCAAUAUACAAUAGCUGGGAUAUUGUCAUCACAAUAUACAAUAGCUGGGAUAUUGUCAUCACAAUAUACAAUAGCUGGGAUAUUGUCAUCACAAUAUACAAUAGCUGGGAUAUUGUCAUCACAAUAUACAAUAGCUGGGAUAUUGUCAUCACAAUAUACAAUAGCUGGGAUAUUGUCAUCACAAUAUACAAUGUACUUCAAGCCUCGCCUGCUCAUACUGUAAAUGAAAUUGAAGAUAGAUAUGUAACCAGAAAGAAUGGACAUAGCCUUAAACUUUUCAAACACAGUUUUUCUAUACCUUCAUUAUUCAUUUCUACCGUUAUCAACAUGGCCAGAAGCAGCCAGUAAUUGGACAAUGCGUGGUUUCAGAUUACAUGGAUAUGGGGAAGUUCUGUCUUAUGUUCCACACUGUUUUUGCACACAGGAUGCUCAUUGCUAACUGGUAACUAUUUAUUAUUGUGAACCACCGUACAUUUGUAUCAUUGUAAGCUAACAGGCAAUUUUAGCUUUGUUCUUUCUGUCCUCAGAAACAGCUCUCUGUUAUGAUGUGUAUCAAGCAGGUUACUGAGGUCAGGUAUGUAGAAAUGUGUUGAUGACUACAAGGGUAAUUCAUAACUGUAUUGGAUCCUCCACUGUAUUAGUCCAUCUAAUCAACUUGUCUGCCGAGCUACAGUACUCUACAUAACAUAUCCUGUAGCUUAAGUGUUGCCAUCAGUACCGUCGAAGAAAGACAUGUUUGUAUUUAUUUAUUUGGUUUUAUUUGGGGAUGAGAUGGGGCACCACUGUAUGCCUAUUAUUAUACAGUAUAUCUCACUGUUUUAUAAAAAGUCUUAGUCUGUUGAUAGAUUGAUAAUGUACAGAGAUGAAUACUUCAGUUUGUGCCUGUUAUAUAGAGUAUAGUCCUACCCACCAUGGAACCUCAGAUGACACUACAUGCCAGAUCUACUUUUGCCCAACAAUUACAUUUCUUCAAGUGGAAAUCCUGAUUGUGUCAUACAGUUAGUUAUACAUAAUAAAUACAACCCUGUUUAUUCUAUUGAGUACUGCCAAAUGUUCACAUUGUGUGCCAUCUUUUUAUUACUGGUGCUGUUAGCUUUCAAGUACAAUUUGAAAAUAAGUUUUAAAAUAAACAAAAACUAACCCACACUGUCUGCUCAAUAAAAGGUAAAAAGCUAA